AAGCCCAAACCAAAGCUAGGGUUUCUCUCAACCCUUACCAGUCAAUCUCUCUCAUAUAUAAGCCGCGCACCACCUCCUUCCAAACCCUUGUGCUUUGCGUAUCUUCUCAGUUUCAGCUUCAAUCUCCAACGGUAAGUGAGAAAUGGUGAAGCAUAACAACGUUGUGCCAAAUGGGCACUUCAAAAAGCACUGGCAAAACUAUGUCAAGACAUGGUUUAACCAGCCCGCUAGGAAGAACAGGCGUCGCAUUGCUCGUCAAAAGAAGGCCGUGAAGAUCUUCCCUCGUCCAACCGCGGGCCCUCUCCGCCCCAUCGUUCAUGGCCAGACCUUGAAGUAUAACAUGAAGCUUAGGGCUGGUAGAGGCUUCACGCUUGAAGAGCUUAAAGCUGCAGGAAUUCCCAAGAAGCUGGCUCCAACCAUCGGUAUAGCAGUGGACCAUCGUCGCAAGAACCGAUCCCUGGAGAGCCUUCAAGCCAAUGUCCAGAGGCUGAAGACAUACAAGGCCAAAUUGGUUGUCUUCCCAAGACGUGCUCGCAAGGUCAAGGCUGGUGAUUCUGCCCCAGAGGAAUUGGCAACAGCAACCCAGGUACAAGGACCUUACAUGCCAAUCACCCUUGAGAAGCCAACUGUGGAGCUUGUGAAGGUUACUCCGGAGAUGAAGUCUGUCAAGGCAUACAACAAGCUCCGCGUGGAGCGGAUGAACACUCGCCAUGUUGGUGCAAGGCUGAAGAAGGCUGCUGAGGCUGAGAAGGAAGAUAAAAAGUAGACAAGGUCUGACUUCAAUAGACAGCAGCAUUUUGAAGUCUAAUGUGGGACUGCCUUUUGCACUUAAAAUUUUUUAUUCUGUCUGUCAUAGUUAUUGAAACUUUGGUUAUUAGUUUUGGUGACAUGUUUCAGUUUAUUAAGCUAAGGAUUUCUUGGUUAA